CUGUGUUACACUGUUUAUAUACCGGCGAGGAAAAAAAGUACCGUGCUUCCAAUUGAACGCCGGCAGUUUUCACUCUGUUCUAUUUGCACUAUUAAUGGACGACAAAGGGCAGAAAGAUGCAGACGUGACCGCGCCUUCAGUGAUCGAUCGUUACUACACACGAUGGUACAAAGCUGAUAUGAAGGGUAAUCCGUGUGAGGAUCAUUGCAUCUUGCAGCAUUCCAACAGGAUAUGUGUCCUCACCUUGGCUGAGACUCACCCUAUCCUUCAAAAAGGGCGAACCAUCAAGAAGAUCGACUAUCAGAUCAGUAACGGCUGCAGCCGCUUGAACAACAAAGUUUCUGGAAAGUCCAAGCGGGGAGGACAGUUCCUGACUGAGUUUGCUCCUCUGUGUCGGAUAACUUGCACGGAUGAAACCCAGUUCACCAUCUACAGCUGCAUCCGGGGCCGUCUUCUGGAAGUCAACGAGAACAUCUUAGAAAGGCCCGCGCUCUUACAAGAGAAGCCGUCCACCGACGGCUACAUCGCCGUCAUUUUGCCCAAGUUCGAGGAGAGCAAGAACGUCACCGAGAACUUGUUGAGCAGGGACGACUUUGAAAAGCUGGUCGCCGGAAGAGUCUCGGAAGCUUCCUGACGAAGCGUUUCCCUUCCAGACGGGCCAUUUUAUUAGGUACGCUAGUUAAUGAGGGCAUGGAUUAUGCAAUA